CUAGCUGUUUGAGCGACACACAGGACUAAAGAAAGAGAGGUGAGAAGGAAAGGGGAACUGGAAGGGAAGGCCAGUGGGAGGAAGCCGGGAGAAGGAAGCUGGAAAAAGAUAAGCAGACUGGAGAAAGCAGGAGAGAUGGAGAGACAGAGAGAAGGAACUAGGAGAUGAGGGUCAUCGAGUGACCCGGGAGGAUGGGGUUUCUGGAAUCCAGAGACUUCUGAGACUGUUAGUUACUCAGGAGAGUCCGGCCCCCACGCAGCCAGUUGAACAGCGACAAAGUGAAAUGGACAGUGCGAAACAGAUAUUGCAGCCAUUUCUCCAGCACCCAGAGAUUUGGAAGAUGCUUUCAGCCCAACUACAGUUUUCUAGCUGGAGCCUCUGAGUGCUCAGGACCCGCGGGAGCCAAGCAAGAGAGCGCCGCGGGAGUGCAGGCAGGCAUGGAUAUGUUCAGUCUUGACCAGGGCAACAACACCACAACGUCCCAGGAGCCCUUCGGGACAGGCGGCAAUGAUACUGGCCUCUCCAAUGUGACCUUCGGCUACCAAGUGAUCACCUCUCUUUUGCUGGGGACGCUCAUUUUCUGCGCGGUGCUCGGCAAUGCCUGCGUGGUUGCUGCCAUCGCCCUGGAGCGCUCCCUUCAGAAUGUUGCCAACUAUCUCAUCGGCUCCUUGGCGGUCACCGAUCUCAUGGUGUCAGUGCUGGUGCUGCCCAUGGCUGCUCUGUACCAGGUGCUCAACAAGUGGACCCUGGGUCAGGUCACCUGUGACCUGUUUAUCGCCCUGGAUGUGCUGUGCUGCACUUCGUCCAUCCUGCACCUGUGCGCCAUCGCGCUAGACAGGUACUGGGCAAUCACCGACCCUAUAGACUACGUGAACAAGAGGACGCCCCGGCGCGCCGCUGCGCUGAUCUCGCUCACUUGGCUCAUUGGCUUUCUCAUCUCCAUCCCGCCUAUGCUGGGCUGGCGCACCCCGGAAGACCGCUCGAACCCCAACGAGUGCACCAUCAGCAAGGAUCAUGGGUACACCAUCUACUCCACUUUCGGCGCUUUCUAUAUUCCGCUGCUGCUCAUGCUGGUCCUCUAUGGGCGCAUCUUCAGAGCCGCGCGCUUCCGAAUCCGCAAGACGGUCAAGAAGGUGGAAAAGAAGGGAGCAGGCACCAGCUUCGGAACUUCGUCGGCCCCGCCCCCCAAGAAGAGCCUGAAUGGUCAGCCAGGUAGUGGGGACUGCAGGCGCAGUGCUGAGAACAGGGCGGUGGGGACUCCGUGCGCUAACGGGGCGGUGAGACAGGGCGAGGACGACGCCACCCUGGAGGUGAUCGAGGUGCAUCGAGUGGGCAACUCCAAAGGGCACCUUCCUCUGCCCAGCGAAUCAGGAGCUACCUCCUAUGUCCCCGCCUGCUUGGAGAGAAAAAAUGAGCGCAAUGCUGAGGCAAAGCGCAAGAUGGCCUUGGCCCGUGAGAGGAAGACAGUGAAGACACUGGGCAUCAUCAUGGGCACCUUCAUCCUCUGCUGGCUGCCCUUUUUCAUUGUGGCCCUGGUCCUGCCUUUCUGUGAGAGCAGUUGCCACAUGCCUGAGUUGUUGGGUGCCAUAAUUAACUGGCUAGGCUACUCCAACUCCCUGCUCAACCCAGUUAUUUAUGCUUAUUUCAACAAAGACUUUCAAAACGCUUUUAAGAAAAUCAUCAAGUGCAAGUUCUGCCGCCGAUGAUGAUGAUGAUGAUGAUGAUGAUGAUGGUGGUGGUAAUAGUGGUGGUGAUGGAGAAGGAAGAAGAGGAGGAAGAGUGUAGGGCUUAUAGAACCCUUCCUGUUCACUCAAUAUCCCCGCCCUGGAAGCAACACCUAAGAAAACUUGCUUUUCCUAGAACACGCAGCUUCUUAGCCCAUGGCUUUCAGAUCUUGUUCUCUCUCUAUCUCAUUUCAAGGGGACAGUGCUUUUUGCAGAAAUCUUAGAGAACCCCUAGCGUCUGCGUGUAAAGUUAUUGGCUUGGUCUUUGGCCCUAGGAUCAGUUUUGAUAGUUGCAAUAACCUCCUCUCUAUUCGAAAUCCCAAUUCUUCACCUUAAACCUCGGCGAUUCAAGGGAUUCAAGGCAGAAAACCCAAACAGAAAAUAUAAACUGUAUAGACAUCUACCACGCCCACUAGGACUGCCACCCUCUGCCCUAUAUCUGGAGCUUUGAGGUUCAAGACUGCUCUGUCUCUCCCUCCCUCUUGCUCUAGAAACAUCUGUUCCCUUUGGGUGUCAAUGUACACUGUUGAUUCUGGUCUCCAUGCACUCAAGGCUGGUCUGGGAAAGUUGGAACUACUUUGGGUUAUGGUGCCCUGGAAUUCUUUGCCUUGCUGAAUAGCAAAAGAUCCCUUUCCCCAAUGCAUAGCACCCACUUUCUGCAUUUUGUUUGUUUGUUUGUUUUAACUCAAAAUCAAGUGGCAAAGAUGUCUGCUGGAGUGGACUUAUAAGUAGGAGGCCAGGCCCAAGAGGAAGAGCCAAGAAGGCCUGCCAAUGUUUUCCUGUCCUGGUGUCAGCACUCACCAAAGAAAUUGACAAUCAGACUAUUUGGAAGGAAGAGUUUUAUUCCUGUAGUUUGUUGGCUUUUCUGUAAGUUCUGGAAAGGCCAUGUGGACUGCAGAAGGCGCCCACUGCUGGCCAGGGAGGGCGCAUUGAGGGUGCUGAGAUGCCCGGGAUGGCUCCCCACCCUCAGUUUCUUUUCUAGGAGUGAGCUAUGCCAGAGCAGCUCACCUUGAGUUUGCAGCCUCCGGGUUCCUCCACUCACCUCUCACAGUAUCCAGGAGCUAGUAGAGAAGUUUGAGUUUGUGCAAGAGGGUAGAGACUUAGAAUUUCUAAGGAAGGGUGGGUGUGAGGCAUGUAGAGGAGGUAAGGAGCAAAAGGGCUCCUAAGUGCUUCCAACUCCUGCAGCGCGCCCGGGGUGGGGGUGACCUAAAGGGGCAAUUUUAAGCAUAGGAUGCAAAGUUUCUCAAUCUACCCCUUCCCCCUUUAGAGGAACAGCUUUGUUUAGCAUUUCCUAACAAUGCCCGGAUUUAUUCUCCUGGACAUUCUGUGCGCACACAAAUUUCGCAGAUCUCUGAGCUCUCAUUGCGAGGGGUCUCAACACCUCACCAUUACCUACCUAGGAUCUAGAUCUCAGAGACCUAAAGGAGAGAGCGAUCUCUGUGGAGUCCUAGCCAAGUCAGCCCCUAAAUUCUGAGGGUAAAACCAGUUUUGUGUCCUCUCAAUUUUUAAAGCGUUUUCUCCGCUAGGGGUUCUUUCCCUGCUGUUAUUUUUGCUGUCCCACCCCCACCUCAGAGAAGAAAAUUAUUUUGGUGCUUCCUUUGAAUGUACAUUUCUAGCUAAGUGAGAGGGCAUCGAAUGGUUUUGCAUUAUAUCUGAACUUCGCAUUUUCUGUUGAAUAAUGGUUUCCUUUUCAAGCAAUUAUACGGAGAUUUUUCACUCCCCCCAUCCCCUUCAGCUGUAUCUUUCCAAUGUCUGCACCUGCCGUUUUGAAAACCCGUGCUGCAUUUUUUUUUAAAUUGCCAAAGUUGCUGGUGAGAUCACCCCCUUGUGUUUAUAAACAGGGAGAAAGGACAGCCCUGCCACAUGAAGCCAUUGUUUUUAUUUGUUAAACUGAGCAAAGCGUCUAUUUGGUUUCUUUUGCUCUAUUCUAAAGUGGGAAUGAGUAUUACAGUCCCUUGCAACAGAGCCAUUUCAGAAUGUAAGCCUGUAGGGUGUCCACACCUGAAAGACUGACUGGGGGCUCUGUGGAAAAGACUGGGCUGGGCUUUUCCAGUACAAACAGUACUUGUUUGUAAAUUUAGCUUGCUUUAUUUAUUUAUUUAUCACGAAAAUGAAGUAGAACUAUAUGGCCAAAUAAUAUUUUUCUGUAUGCUUUACUAUUUUUAGAACAGAUCAUUUACUUGAAAUAAAGAUCAUUUACUUGAAAUAAAUCAAUCCCUAAAUUUCAGAUGUUAAAUUGGAAACCAAGACCUCUAACUUCCAGUUCUCUGUAUUUUUUUUUCCAAAUUAGGAAUGUUUGACUGUGAUGGGGGAGGGGCAUUGCUCUUGUUACUUUGAGAAAGAGACUUUAAACAAGACUGGAAAGGGGGCACCCAGCUGGAAUAUAAUUGCCAAGUAAUAGAGCAAUCAGAGAACUAAGUGCAACAUGCUGCACAGCUCUAAAGAACCCCUGAUGCUUGUUUUAUUUUAAAAUACUUGUAUUACAGUAAAAUGUUAAUGCAUCAAAAUUGGCCUUCACUUUUCCUUGUGAUAAUAAAGGACUUUAAUAAUGGCAAUGCUG